AUGGCGGAUCGUUUCCCUUCAUUGGAGGACUUCUCUGCGGGCCAGACCGAAGUCGUCGAGACCAACGGUGCCUCUGAUGAAAGUGACUUCCUAGCUCGCGAACGGGCUAUGCUCGGUGAUGAUGCAGAACAAUUUGCGACUCCCCAAGAUCUGUCGCCGACGACGUAAACAAUGACGACGACUUACUGGGAGGUGCGGAUGCCGCUCCGUCCGCGGGUGGUGUUGAGCCUCAGGAGAUCGCUGGAUUCGAGUCUUCCUUCCCUGCUCUCGACACACAGAACGAGCAAGUUGCCCCUGGCGGCACAAUCACUGGGUCGGGUGCCCCCUUUCCACCUACUGGGUAUUCCAACUACACAACUCAAGCCCCGGAGGAGGAGCCAGAGCCCGUUAGGGAAUGGCGUGAGCGGCGAGAUGCGGAUAUCCAACGUCGUGCGGAGAUCUCGGAGGAGAAGAAGGAAUCUACCAUAAAGAAGGCGCGCGAGGAUAUUGAUGACUUUUAUGUCUCAUACAACAACAAGACGGACAAGCUUCGUGCCCAAACCCGCGCUGAGGCAGAUCAGUUCCUGUCCAACCGGGAGGACACUUCUUCUGGAGGUACUAGCUGGGAACGCAUUGCCAAGCUUGUCGACGUCUCCGGAAAGGGAACCAAGGGUGGUGCCAGCGGUUCUGGUAAGGAGCGCUUCCGAGAGCUGCUCCUUGAUCUUAAGAAGGACCAGAAUGCCCCCGGUGUCAGCGGCGUUUAA